CGCGGAGUUCCACCGCCGAGCGGGGCGGCACCGGCCGCGCUUCUGGGGAGGGCACCUCCCCUGAUCCAUAGACUCGGCGACUGCGCGCCAAAUCCAUGGAUCGCUGAUCCAUGUUUUUGCGCGCCCCCGACCCAGAGAUCCGAUGUCGUGAUUUUUUCAAUGCGCGGUCCCCGGAAGUUUCGACCCAUUCCCCAGGAGCGGUUUUUCAUCCUGAGUCGUUUUUUGACGGUCCCGAGGCCUGGCGAGGGCCCCUUGCGAAAAAACUCCGUCUUGAUUUCUUCAAUACGUUGGAUCUCUGGGGAGGGUUCGCUUGUGCACUUCUCUGCUCAGGCCAGCGGUGGCCGGUCCCGCGCGCGGCGGGCCGCGAGGGAGCGGCCGGGCGCGGGGGGGGCGCGGGGGUCGCCGCGGGCGCGCUGACGCGGCCGGGCGCGGAGCGGGAGGGCUCGCCCGGGCUGCAGGUCCUGGAGGAUGUGAUGGGCACGUCGAGCAUGACAGACAGGAGGCGGCGGCUCUACGCCUUCCUGGAGGCAGAUGUGCAGAACAUCCAGGUUCUGACGGAGGCCCUGUUCAGCUACGCCAGCGCGCAGGCGGUCGCAGCGGAGGCCCUGGGAGGAGGCCGCAAGAGGGACGUGACGGAGGUGCGGGCGGCAUCGGGCCUCUUGAGGCGGACGGUGGUCGACAUCUCGAUCGUGAUCCGCGACGUGUGGGGAGACGAGAGACAAGACAGGUUCAUUCAGAGGAGGAUGAGGCACCGAUGCCGUCUCCAUUGCCUCGUUUUGGUCUUUUUGGGCCUCCUUGGAGGUCCUCGUCCCCACAGCUGGAUUCGCCUCGGGAUCCUGGUCGGCACGAAACUGCAUAAACGUAGACGUUUGUUCGGAGGUCCGCGCGGAUGUCUUGGAGCUGCCCUGGACCCCCCUGGCGCCUUCCCCUGGCGCGAGGAUCCAGCCCCGAUAUUCAAAAGUCUGGGCGGAGCUCCCGAAGUGUAUGGUUAUGUUUUCUCGUUGUUCCUCGACGAUCGUGAUACGCGACUUAUCGGGGUCGAGAGACAAGACAGGUUCGCCGACCAGCUGCCCGACCUGAACAAGCUGCUGGAAAAGUUUUGAGGACUGGGCCGCCAAUGGGCAGCGCAGAAAGGUCGGUGCGCAAAAGUGGGCUCUUACUCAAGGGGACCCGCCCCCUUCCCGGGGGCUCGCUGCUCUUCUGCCCCGCGUGCCGCCGGGCUCGCCCCGCGCUCUUGCGCGGCGGCGGCUCCUGCGCGGGCGCUCGAGCUUUUGGACUGCUGGCGCCGGCCCCGCGGCGGUCGACGUCGACCGUGCCGCGGUAUUGUGGGAGCGCCGCGAUCUCUCGCGGUCAGAGGCUGGCGCUGGAAGCGCACGCCGCCCCAGACGUGUGCGCGUCGUGGCAGAAGUCAGGGCGGGAGGCGUCUCGCCAUUUUUUCGGUGUCCAGGGGCCCUCGCCUGGGCCCCAGGACCUUGGACAGGACGACUCAGGAUGGACAACGGGCCGCAGGGAACGGGUCGGGACUCCCGGGCACCGCGC